UCUUCUCUUUCUUCUCCGUUGUUCCUUUACAUAGAAAGAAUGGAAAAAGGUGGUGGGGGACUGAGCUUGGGCACUUCUAGUGACUCGGCUGGGUUCAAGACUGGUGGUGCGAUGGACUCGUUCCUUGGUGGUGGAGGUUUGAAGCAGAAAAGUGGAUCAAGGGAGUCUGAGGAUCACUUUCGGAUGAGUCUCCGCUGCCACGAUGAGCCGGCCGAGGGUGAGGAGAAGCGGAGGGUGGUGUGUGAGAUGGAUUUCUUCUCAGAUGAGAUCAGGAAGGAACGGGCGCCACCGGACCCGGAUCCCGACGAGCCUGACAUUAGUAUCAAGAAAGAAGAUCUCACCAUUAACAUGGGUUUGCACCUUCUUACAACCAACACUGGAAGCGAUCAAUCAACGGUGGUUAACGGGUUGUCACUCAAUGAGGAUAAAGAGAGCAAGAGUGAUGUUAGGAUCUCUCUCUAUACAUGAAUCUUCUAUUUUUUUUAACAUGAAUAACUGUACU